UUGAAAUAGAUAUAUAUAUUUUUUAACAUUACUAUUAACAGGAGCAAAACCAAAACAAACAUUGUCAGAUCCGAUCGGUUGGUUACUCUUUUCGGACAAAAAUGUCUUCAACAUUCAGCGGCGAUGAAACUGCUCCUUUCUUCGGCUUCUUGGGGGCUGCUGCUGCCCUCGUUUUCUCCUGUAUGGGAGCCGCUUAUGGGACCGCGAAGAGUGGGGUUGGUGUAGCGUCGAUGGGGGUGAUGAGGCCAGAACUGGUGAUGAAAUCGAUCGUCCCCGUGGUUAUGGCUGGUGUGCUCGGUAUUUAUGGCUUAAUUAUUGCUGUUAUCAUUAGUACCGGAAUUAACCCUAAGGCUAAAUCUUAUUACCUUUUCGAUGGAUAUGCCCAUCUGUCUUCUGGUCUCGCUUGUGGCCUUGCUGGUCUUUCCGCUGGUAUGGCUAUUGGGAUCGUUGGUGAUGCUGGCGUUAGAGCUAAUGCACAACAGCCAAAGCUUUUUGUUGGGAUGAUCCUUAUUCUCAUCUUUGCUGAGGCAUUAGCACUAUAUGGCUUGAUUGUCGGUAUUAUUCUCUCUUCCAGAGCUGGUCAGUCAAGAGCUGAGUGAAAGAUGGCCUAAUUGGAAGUAUCUUAGUUUUUCUUAGGAAGUGUUUUCUACGAAAAAAUUCUUGGGUGCUGGUGAGUAUUUCUACAGAUUGAGAAAUUCGCAGUGGCUGAUGAUAGAUAACAGAUAUAAAUUAGUUGUUUCAAUAAAGUUUGUCAACUUUGUUUCAUUAUAAAAUUAUGUAUGUACUUGUGGAUCCAAUGUAGACCUUGUAGAAUUACUGCCUCCA